AACCGUGGACUUGUAUGGCAAGAAGCCAAAAUGGUGGUUCCCAAACUUUGUCUCCUUCUGAAGAUAACCAAGAAAUUGUUUAAAAUUGGUUCCUAUCCCUUGAAAGUUAGUCACCAAAAGAAGAAUGCCAUGGGCACAAAUGUGCUCAAGACAGAAACACCAACCAGCAUUGAUGAUGCUGUGUACUUUUUAAAAGAAAAUUUCAAUGAAGGUGAUCACAGGCCUGCAAUUUCUUUUGGUUUUGGCGAUCCCUCUUGUUUCGAGUGCUUCAGGACCACUCCUAUAGCUGAAGAUGCCAUAGUUGAAGCUGUUCGUUCUGCUAAAUUCAAUUCUUAUGCUCCUACUGGUGGUAUUCUUCCUGCAAGGAGGGCUGUUGCAGACUAUCUCUCUCGCGAUCUUCCUUACCGGUUAUCACCAGAUGAUGUCUAUCUCACCCUUGGUUGCAACCAAGCUGCAGAAAUCACAAUUAAAGUCCUAGCUCGGCCCGGAGCCAAUAUUCUGCUUCCAAGACCUGGUUAUCCAGAUGUUGAAACUUAUGCAAUUUUUAACAACCUAGAAAUUAGGCAGUUUGAUCUUCUCCCGGAGAGAGGUUGGGAGGUUGAUCUAGAUGCUGUUGAAGCUAUCUCAGAUGAGAACACCAUUGCUAUGGUUAUAAUCAAUCCUGGAAAUCCUUCUGGAAGUGUUUAUACAUACAAUCAUUUGAAUAAGAUUGCGGAGACUGCAAGAAAGCUUGGGAUUCUUGUGAUUGCUGAUGAAGUUUAUGGCCAUCUUGUUUACGGGAGUAGUCCAUUUGUGCCCAUGAGUUUGUUUGCCACAAUUGUACCUGUUAUUACUCUUGGAUCUGUAUCAAAAAGAUGGAUGAUUCCCGGUUGGGGGCUUGGUUGGCUAGUGACUUGUGAUCCAAGUGGAUUGCUUCGAAAGGAUGAGAUUGCCGAGUCCAUUAACAAACUUCUUGUCUACUCGCCUUUCCCACCAACCUUAAUUCAGGGUGCUAUUCCUCAAAUCCUAGAGAAAACGACACAGGAUUUCUUCUCAAAAACUAUCAACAUCCUCAGGAAAAAUUUGGACAUUUGUUAUGAUAAACUGAAGGAGAUCCCAUGCAUAAUGAUCCCACAAAAGCCUGAAGGAGCAUUUUUUGCUAUGGUUAAGCUUAACUUGUUGCUGCUUGAAGAUAUUGAAGAUGACAUGGAGUUCUGUCUCAAGCUAGCUAAAGAGGAGUCUCUCAUUAUUUUACCAGGGGUGACUUUGGGGCUGAAGAAUUGGCUCCGCGUGACAUUUGCAGCUACUAUUCCUCAUAUCCUACAGAAAACAACUGAGGAUUUCUUCUCAAACACAAUUGACAUUCUUAGAGAGGAUUUGGACUUCUGUUUCGAUAAACUGAAGGAGAUUCCAGGCUUGAAAUGCCCGCAAAAGGCAGAAGGAGGGAUGUUUAUCAUGGUUAAGCUUCACUUGCCACAGCUUGAUGAUAUUGAAGAUGACAUGGAAUUCUGUCUCAAGCUAGCUAAAGAGGAAUCUCUCAUCCUUGUGCCUGGGAAGCAGCCUAACUGAUGCACCAAUGGUUGCUUGAAAGAUAUCCCAUAAAGACACUAAUGAACAUCAAUUCUUUCAGGGAUUACUGUGGGAUUGAAGAAUUGGGUUAGAAUAUCUUUUGGAGUUGAACACUCAUCUCUUGAAGAUGGCCUUGGGAGGUUAAAGGCCUUCUGCCAGAGACAUGCAAAGAAACAGUAGUUUCACAGGAUCAUCAUCUGCAAUUUCAUGUUGAAGAUUAGACCUUGCUAGUCAUGUUAAGACAUCAAAAUAAACAUGUUGCCUCACUGUAACUAAGGCAAGUGUCUGUGGACGCCUGAUUUGAAUAACAAGGCAAAUUCAUGUUGGACUA